AUGGAGGCGGUAGUUGCUCUGCGGCUGCUCACCAUUCAUAUUCUCGCCGCACUCUUACUGGUGCUGCCGUCGUUCCCUGUCGCGGAAAGGCCGUGGCCGCUGACUGUGCAGGCUGCACGCCGUUCCACAGAUGCACACGCCGAAGGGCCCAGCAUACAUCCCCGCGAGUACUACCUUGGUAAGUAUGGCACGCGCUGCAUCCGAAACUUGACGGAGCUCGUCGCAUCCGAGGAUGCUGCAGAGCACCUCGCCUGCUUCUCUGGCCGUGGCGUCCGCGUGGCGUUGCUCGACACCGGUUUGUGUGCCGGCAUCACUAAGCACAGCCGUAACUCCGUUACCUGCACCAGUGUCGUGCCCGGCGUGGCGUGCGAAGAUGCCGGCUGCGCUCACGGGACGCGCAGUGUGAGCGUGCUGGCAGGACAGCUCUCUGUGUCGACGCCGCCGUCUAGAGAACCACUUGAGGAGACUGCGUGGCGCAACAGAGAAGCACACCACGCCUUCGCUGACCACUACAUCGGACUCGCCCCUGACUCCACGGUGCGCGUGUUGCGUAUCUUCGACAGACAAGGACGCACAAACCAACGCCACCUCGCCCGCGCCCUCGACCUGCUACUGCGUGAAGCUGAGGACGGCGAAGCAGGGCGCCUACACAGCACGUGGAACACAUCCAGUGCGCGCAUCCGCCGCCGCGACGAGACCGUGGAUGUGAUUAGCCUGUCCUAUGGCAGCAGCGACUACCACAGUAGCCCGCAGGUGCAGGACAGGUUGUACCGGCUGAUGCAUGAGCACGGCGUCAUCGUCGUGGCGGCCGCCGGCAACGACGGGGUGCGCUUCGGCAGCGUGCGAAGCCCAGCGGACAUGCCCGGCGUGUUGGCCGUCGGUGCCCUUAGGAUAGAAGGGCACGGCAGGUCGGCACAGACAACGCAGGCGUCACGCACUCUCGGCAACUUGGAGAGCUCCCUUGCCGCCGGUGGGGGUCACAAGUCCGUUGCGCAUUUCUCUGGGCGUGGUCCUACCACAUGGGAGCUGCCCUUCGGUGCAGGACGUGCAAAGCCGGAUCUCGUCGCUCUCGGCCAACACGUGUGGGCCGUCCAAGGCGUGUCGGCGGCGACCUUGUCCGCGGCGGCGCGACGGGCGCGUAGUGCUUCACCUGCGCUGCAGCUACGCUCCGCGUCUGGGACGAGUAUUGCCGCCCCUCUCGUGGCCGGAGUCGUGGCGCUCUGUCUCGAGGCGGCAUGGUCAUCUACGUCCGCUGCAGCAUCAGCACCGAACAUCACCGGAGGCGGUUCUUUCGCCGACGUGCGUCAGAGUCGACUUGCCCGUGCUUCCAACUCGCUGCGGGUGCGUGAGGCGAUUUUGCGGACGGCCGUUCCUCUGGAAGAAGCCGCGGCAUCACUGCCGCCAUGGCCUCACGCCGCACUCACCACGCCGUUACACAGCAACUCCUCCUCGACGGCGUCAGAGGAGCAUCCUCGCCGAGUGCUGGCUGGUGUGCCACUGCUAAAACUUUAUGCUGGAUACCUUCGCCUGUCGCGAGUCAGCAUUCUCUCGCAAGGAGCGGGCGAGGUGCGGCCACUCCGCGCCCUGCACGCCAUCGUCGCGAAGGCACCUGCGUCCUCGGCCAUCGAUGCGCCGGAGGCGUUGCGCAACUGCGCCUCUUUCGCCAUACCACCAUCCGUGCGCAUCGGCUAUGGGAUUCCACGUGACAGCAGCAGUGAUGACAUGCGCACCUCGCAGAGCUGUCAACCUCCUCAUGAUCCUGACGGGAAGGCACACGGCGACUCGCCAUUCCCAGGUCUGCCCGGCAUGUCCCUCGCCGCACCGCCCGCCGCGUACUGGUGGCCCCUCUCCGACCAAGCAGUCUACCCCGGCGCCACACCCGUGCUACUGAACAUUUCUCUCCACCUCUGCCCCCCUUCUUCGUCCGCCCCUGCGCAUCAGGGUGCGCGUGACGCGGCCACUGCAGCAAGUGGCGAAGCUGCACGUCGAGGGUCAACAACGCAUACCCACGUUACGUAUGUAAUCACCAAGGUAAGCGGGCGCGCGCGUGCACGUGAAGGUCAUCCAUCACGGAACAGCGCUCACCAGAGUGACGCCUGCCCUCUCCUCCUCUUUGAGGACGCGGAGGACCGCCGCCGUGUGCGCUCGACAAGCCCGACGCGGCUUCUGAACUUGACGGCACGGAGCGCCUCUCCGCAUGCAUCAUGCACUGACGGGGAGGUGGCCGGGGAGGCGGCUGCGGUGUUGGGGCCGCGACACACACAAGCAGGCGUGUGCUCAUUUGUGAAGCGGCGGAGUACGCAGCAACGGUGGAUGCGCCACCUUCUACGCGUGGCAACCGAGCUCACGGUGGUGGCGAGCAGAUCGCCGACGCGCGCUAACGUCGGAGCCCAGCUGUCGCCGCCACCGACAUCCUUCAGUCUCUCCGUCGCCGUCUCCUCCCCCGCGUCCGCACACGCGCACCUUUGCUACGACGUGGCGCGCGAGACAGUGGCGAUGUGGCGAAAGAAGGGCGAGAGAUCGCCAGCCAGCGAGAAGGGCGCCGCGGCUGGCCGGAGCUCGGCUGAGGGUAACGACGGCCAUGACGAACAGCAUACAAGGGAGGGUCCGCAGGUGCCAGCAGGUCACGGCCGUUGCGUUCCGCUUUUUCACCUGUUUCGCGCGCUGAGCGUGGAAGGCGCGCUGCACAUCUUCACUGGGGGCUCCUCCUCGCAGCCCGCGCUGGCAGUCCCGUUCGCUGUUCGCAUCGUGGAGCCGCCGCCCCGGGUGCAGCGGGUGCUGAUGGACACGAGCCUCGACUGGUUCAACCCUACGACGGCCACCUCAAAUUUGUUCAUCGCCGGCGACGACCCACACGAGUCGGACACUGACGGCGUAGGCGCGGCACUGCGGCGUGGACGACAGGGCCAGCGUCACGAACGCGCCUACGCCGAGGCGGGUGGCGGCGAUCACCCGUACACAAACCUCGCUCUCCUAUUCCUCUACCUGCGCCACACACUUGGAAUGGCAGUGGCGACGUUCCCGCUGCUGCACAUGAGCACGAUAACCACCUUGAUCGAAGCUAACGGUAGCUCACCGCUCUGGCCCCCUGCAGAGCGCACCCACAACGUCUCCCACACUGCGCAGGGGGCACCCGAAGAUGCUCUGGCACAUGUCGGCACGCUCAUCAUCGUCGACCCGGAGCGACCGCUGGCACGCCGUAUGCGGCGCCUGCUAACGCAUGCGGUGCUCGGCGGAGGCGCGGAUCGUUCAGCGGACGGCCUCAACGUUCUUCUGGUGACGGACUGGUACAGCGCCGAUAUGGCAGCGCAGCUGCACUGGACGCGCGACGAAAACUUGGCCGAUGCAGAGCGCUCCUCCCGCGUCGGCGGCACCGACGCGGUGGAGGAGGUAGCCGGUGUCGACGGCGACAGGGAUGCUGUGCGCGACUUGCGGGCGCUUAGGCACCUCGGAAAUGGCUCUACUUGCGGCCUCGCCGGCUCCAGUCACGUGCCAUCGUGGAACCGUUGGCUGUCAGAGGUGACGAUCGCGUCGGGCAGUGCGACGAACAAUAGCGACUGCAAUGGUGCAGCCCCUCUGGGCAGCGUGGGACUUGUAGACGGAACGUCUGAGUUGCCGUUUGAGCUGAGCGAGAGCAUCGUGAUAGACGGCGUUUUGGUGGUCGACGCUGCCGCCCCGACCGGGAGGAGCGAACCUGAGGGCAACGCAUCCGCCACGCAUGGUGGCGGCCGCACCGCCACCUCGGAAAAGGUGGUCGCUCUCCGCUCUCUUGGACAGCUUAACGCAGCCGGUGUGCUGCAAUGGCGUCUCCCUGCGCAAGUAGCAGUGCAGCGACAGGCAGGGAGAGCUGCCGCGGUCGGAGCUUGUAAAAGGGUGCGUGAACCCAACGCUCACUCAAGUGGUAACGGCACCUGCCGCACCGCCUACGCAUCGAACACCUCAACCGUGCCUUCGACGCAGGAGGGUGAGGCUGUCUUAUGCAACGUCAUGCCAAGCUGGGUGCAGCAGCAGCGGCGCCUCGUGAAGCGCACCAUCGUUGGUACAAGAGGCGGCUCAGCGCCGGUGUCUGCGAGAUCAGGGAGCGCAGCGGUUGGCGUGGCGGCGGCGGCGGUUGAGGACGUCUGGGAAGAAGUGCCUGUCACAAACGGAGGCAGCCGUCUCGUCCACAUUGGCGGACAGGAGGCGGUCGAGGUCAGCACACGGGCAUCAGCAGAAACGCGCGCAAGCGAAGCCGCGCAGAGCCUCACGCAUGGUGUGCUGGGCUUUCUUACGCUUCCCCCACCUUCCCCAGACGUUGUCACCGCGUCCGCCAACCGCUUCCGGCCUGGGCGCAUAGCGAUCUUCACGGACUCGGACUGCUUGUCGACCUCGGACCAGCACGCGCAAGCCGCCCUGGAUGAGUUGGAAGCUCUUCUCUACCCGCCAUCCGCGUCGCCAUCGUUACCCGUGCCGACCUGUGCGACGUGGGACUGUUUUGCAGGCACUCCCGACGGGCAACGGCUGCUCCAAUCAGAGUCGGCGCAGAGCUCUGUGUGCGUCGAAGUGGUGAAGGAGCUGCUUCUGUGGCUGCACACUGGAAACCUGCACCGCUGGCGGGACUCCGCGCAGCUCCAGUGUGAGGCGCGCGCAUGGGCACGAGCACCACCGCAUCGGUGCACGGCGGACGCCACCCCUGGCGCAGACAGUGUGCUCGAGCCCAAAGCAGGGGUGGAUAGCGUUGACGGUGAUCUCGAAACAACGAACUUGGACGAGGUGCUGGGAACGGCGCCGGAGCGCGCGCAUGUCGGCGAGGUGGUGUGGCGGUUGUGGGCUUCGUUGGCGGAAAGCACAGAGCGCGAUGAAGCGUCGUACCUUGUCGAAGGUCCGGAGGACGGGGCCCGCGUUCAACGCGACUACGCAGCCCGUCAGGAGGGCGCCGCGGCAAAGGUGAUGCGCGCCUUGCAGGUGAACUACCAUGGAGACUGGCGUGCGCAUCUGCAGGACCGUAAUGCGUCGCCGUCAAGCACCGGGGCCGCCGGCGACCCAUACUCGCACCCCCUACGCCCCGCGAGUGGCCGGCGGAGCGGCAUUGCCACCCUGCAGCCGCCAGCGCAGCAUACCUCCUUGAUAGAGAGUCUGCUGCCGUUGUGCGGCAUGCUCAACGUCCUGCGGUGGCUGCAGCAUCCGCUGGUGCUUGGCCAGAUCAUGGUUAGUGCAGCUGUCGUGAUGAGCGUGUGGUUGUGCCGUGCACGGGGGUGGUCGUUGGAGAGGCCAACGCGCGUGACUGCCCUCAGUCGAGUUCGUUGA